AUGGAUGUCACGCGUGGAGUCUAUGUGGUUCAAGGCGCCCGGUACGACUUUGAGGUCACUUUGGCAGAGUCCGGACUGGACAUCGAGAAGCAAAGCUUGGAGGUCGAAAAUCUCAAAGAAGCGUUCUCUUCCAGCGUGGCUGCCGAUGUCCGGCGUCAUCUGAUUGAGUCCGAUGCCGGGCACAUGGCACGAAGGGGUGCAAACCAGCUGGUGCAGGCCGUCACGGCUCUGCUGACGCAGUCAGGCUUGGCAAACAUUGAACGUGCUUGCGGGGACCACGUUAUCGUCAGUGGUGGUGACCAGGAGCUUCAUUUCGAACUGAAGCAGGGGCCACCAAGAUGCUGGGAUCUGGUCCUCUCUUGCAAGAAGACAAACUUCACCAGUUUCAUGCUCAACUCACGGAGCGACGCCAUGGAGGUUCUGGCUUGUUCUCCCAGCUCGCGAAUCGAAAGGCACUCAGAGAAGUCAAGGGAGCCGAUAUAG